AUGGCCGAUAUUCCGUCUGAGCCAGGCGCUUCCACCUAUGGAGUCGUGGAUCGCAAAACAAACAACACACCCGUGGCCGAUGGCGCAGUUGAGAAAUCUCCAAAUGAUAGAAUCCCUAGCUACACUGUUAUGGACGGACGCUGCGUCUGGCACUGGGCAGACGAACUAUCCGAAGCCGAAGGCUGGAUAGUCAUUGACGCGCCCGUGCCUAGUCUCUCUGGCGGCGGCUUGUUUCUACAUGAGCGUACAACGCUCGAUGAAGUCCGCGACGUAGCUCAGUCCAUGAGUCUGAAGCUGGCUGUGAGCUGUCAGCCACAGGUCGUUGGUGCAAAAGGCGGCAUUCGGUUCUCCCCCCAGCACCCUCAAGCUCCUCAUGUCUUGGAGCGCUUUAUCCGCGAUAAUGCCAAUAUCAUCGCUCGGUACUGGGGAACUGGAGCGGACAUCAAUACUGACCAUGCCAUCAUUGAUCAACACGCCAGAGCAUAUUGUCCUUCAGGUACUACGACUGCAUUAGAUGCACUCCGCAACUCGCUCGGUGGCGGUUCACCCCCUGACGAUGUCGCAUCUCUUCUCAAAGAGAGCUCCAACGCAACUGGAUGGUCUCUAGAAGAAUAUUGUGUUGGCUACGUCAUGGCAACCACUCUCAAGGAGGUUCUGACCCAUCAGAGACCAGACCUCAUUGGUAAGGUCAGGUUGAUGAUUCAGGGUUUCGGAUGUGUUGGCACCACAUUUGCUCUCGCUGCCGAGGAACUAGGCAUCGGCAGAGUUGUGGGAAUCUCCAGCCAGUACGGCUUCCUGAUCAACGAUGAUGGCAUCGAUUGUGGUGCCAUUGACAGGGCCCGUCGCACAGCUGUUAACAACGGCAGCCUUCAGGGCAAUGACGCGAGAAGCUUCGAAGCAGGACUCGGCCAGGCAGGACUCUCACGUAACGCGGGAGAUUGGCGCUAUGUUUUGACAUCGAGAGUUAUCUCUACUUUGGCUGAUGAAACCUUUGCCCAAGCUCCUCUCGGAAGUCGAUUCAUCAUCGCCGGUGCCAACAACGUUUUUGAUCGCGGAGAAUGUGUCCAAGAUGUCGCAAGACAGCUCGACUCGGCAUCAAUUUACAUGCUCCCAGAAUGGGUUACCAAUUCGGGAACCGCAAAUCUCUUCAUGCGAGCCUGCAGCGGCCUCGCGCUGAAGGGGUAUGCCGUGUCCAAUCUGGAAGCAUCUGCUGCUGACACCAAAGCUUUUGUUCGUGCAGCUCUUUCCAGGGCGGGUUAUCACCAGGGAAACCUUGCUGCCUGGCAGGCGUGUAGGGACCUAGCUGUGGCCCGCAGAAAGGACGGCCCGGCGAAUCUCCUUGGGGUUAAGAGAAUGGCCCAUCUCACGAUGAGGACUUCGGAUCUCGAACGGGCUACGAGGGCAAUCACGACACUAUACAAUGCCAAAUCGAAUGUCGAUCGGACUUUGUUUCAACUCCCAGGGUCAGAUGACCCAACAAUCAGCAUCGUCCAAGUUCCAGACGACGCAUCUCAAGCAGAUAUUGGUCUUUCGGUACAACUCUCCGUCUAUAACUUGCAAAAGGCAAGAGAAGUUCUCAGAGCCGAGUCAAUCGCUUUCCAGGAGCUAAUUGUCGAUCAUGAGUUGACGGAACUUAUCCUUGAACCUGAACAAGUUGGAUAUCCCAUGAGUCUUUGUCAAGCACCACCUCAGGAACCGCCAAAGGAUAUGUUUACCUGUCCUUCCUAUGCAUUGGGCUCUGUGAUCGGCUCAACGAUUCAGCUGGACCAUUACGCCUCAAUCAUGUCCGACACUGCUCCUAAAAAGGUGUUUCACGAGAAAAUGCUGGGAUUUACGCAUCUUCGUACGUUCACUGUCAAUGCUGGCUCUGCUCCUGAAGGACAAGAUGACGGGCUGAUGCACGUUAUGGGACUUCCACAAGACCAACAGCGAGUUCUCAUCCUGACUGAGGGCCUUUCCCCUGCUUCUGUCUUUUCGAAACUGCUAAGUCGUAAAUCGAGAUCACAUGUUCAUCAUAUUGCUAUGGAAGUAAAAGCUGUCGAUCCCAUCUUCACUGCCAUCAGGGACAGAGGGUGGACUACUACUGCCAACACGCCAAGCGUAGAUUUGGCUACUGGUUUUCGGCAGUUCUUUUUGUCUGAGAGCGAAACUGGUACCGUACUGGAAUUUAUUGAGCGUCGAGAUUCAGCCAAGGCCGACGUAUCCGCCGAUAGUGAUUCUGAAAGGAUCCAGCAACCAAAGGGCAACGGGGGUUACUCUGGGCAAGGAGAAUUCCGUACCGACAAUAUUGUUUCUUUGGCUCGUUCUCUGGAGAAUAGUCAAUUGAUGUGA